UGUGGAAAGCGAAAAGCCAUUUUUGGUGCUUGACAAAACCAGCAUCUUGGGGCGUGGCCGACCCUACCCAAGCCCCUUCACUUCGGCCGUGGAAGGUCUUCUUCCAGCACCAUCAAUCAAGCCUAGUGCUCCUCCUGUAGUUUCUGAUGACCCUGUGGAUAAAAAAGAACCACUUAAGAAGCAAGGGUCAAAAGGAGAAACGAUCCCUUUGGCACUGAAUCUGAUUCAAAUACACUGUAAAAAUGAAGCUGUGUAUCAGUACCACGUGACAUUCAGCCCAAACAUAGAAUAUAAAAGCAUGCGCCUUAGGAUGCUGAAGGAACAUCAGUCGGUGAUAGGAGACAUUUCCGCAUUUGAUGGCUUUCUUCUCUAUUUACCCAUCAAGUUGCCUCAAAAUAUUAACCUGAAGUGUGAAAGAAAGACAGAUGGAACAGAAGUCAAUUUAAAGAUUCAGAUGACCAAAAUUCUGGAACCUAGUUCAGAGUUGUGCAUCCCAUUUUACAAUGUUAUUUUCAGAAAAGUAAUGAGGAUUUUAGAUAUGAAACUUGUUGGGAGAAAUUUCUAUGAUCCUACUAAUGCUACUGUACUUCAGCAGUACAGGUUGCAAAUAUGGCCUGGCUAUGCAACCAGUAUCCGAAGGACAGAUGGUGGGCUGUUUUUGUUGGUUGAUGCUGUUCAUAAGGUUAUUCGGAAUGAUUCAGUCCUGAAUGUGAUGCAUAGAAUUUAUCAACAGAGUCGGGAUAAUUUCCAAGAUGAGUGUACAAAGCAACUUAUUGGCAACAUCAUACUUACCCGUUACAACAAUAAAAAUUACCGAAUUGAUGACAUUGAUUGGAACAAGACACCACAGAACAGUUUCACCAUGUCGGAUGGGAAGGAAAUCACUUUUCUAGAGUAUUACAGUAAAAAUUAUGGGAUUACCAUUAGAGAGCUUGACCAGCCACUGUUGAUUUACAGAGUUGAAAAAAGAAAAAAUCCUCCAGGAAAGCUUCAGGAAGGUGAAAUCCUGCUAGUGCCAGAGCUUUCCUUCUUGACAGGCAUUCCUGAGAAGAUGAGACAAGAUUUUAGAAUUAUGAAGGACCUUACGCAGAAAGUCAACAUGAGUCCCGGACAGCAUCAUGCCGCUCUGCUUCAACUUCUUAGCAGAAUUGGGAAGAAUGAGAGUGCCCAUAAGGAAUUGUCCCGGUGGGGGCUUUUCUUGGAUGGGGAUGUUUACAGGACCACCGGGCGCGUCCUCCCCAUGGAAAGAAUAAACCUGAAGAAAACCUCCUUCACUACCUCGGAAAGCCUGAACUGGACUAAAGAAAUCUGCAGAGAAGCCUGCAUCUCUGCAAUUCCAAUUCAUUUCUGGGCACUCUUUUACCCAAAGCAGACGAUGGAGCAAGCACAUGAACUAGUCAGCAUGCUGCAAAAAAUUUCAGGACCACUUGAAAUCCCAUUAGCUGCACCUAUUUGGAAAGAAUUGAAAGAUGACCGAAUAGAGACUUACGCCAGAGCUAUCAAAUCAUUGCUAAGUAAUGAGGGAUCAAUACAAUUAGUCGUUUGUAUUAUCACAGGAACUAAAGACGAUUUGUACAGGGCUAUUAAAAGACUGUGCAAUGUACAGAACCCAGUUCCUUCCCAGGUUAUUAAUGCUCGAACCAUUACAACUCAGUAUGUUAAACUGAGAAGUAUAGCCCAGAAGAUUCUGUUGCAAAUUAAUUGUAAGUUAGGUGGAGAGCUGUGGAGUGUGGACAUUCCAUUGAAACAGCUGAUGGUGAUUGGCAUAGAUGUGUAUCAUGAUCCCACCAAGGGGAAGCGCUCAAUGGUGGGCUUUGUGGCAAGUACCAGUCCAAUUGUGACACGAUGGUAUUCCAAGGUUAUAUUCCAGACGCCUCAUCAAGAAAUAAUAGACAGCCUAAAGGUCUGUUUAGUAGCUGCUUUGCAGAAAUUCCACGAGGUCAACCAUCAUCUCCCGGAGAAGAUAGUGAUUUACAGAGACGGCGUUUCAGAUGGCCAGCUGAAAAUAGUAGAAAGCUAUGAAAUCCCCCAGCUGGAGAAAUGCUUUGAAGCUUUUAAUAAUUACAACCCUAAAAUGGUGGUGUUUGUGGUUCAGAAACAAAUCAGCACCAACAUCUAUUCCUCAGCUGCUCAACAACUUUCAGCUCCUCCUCCGGGGACGGUGUUGGACCAUACAGCCACCUCUCGAGACUGGGUGGAUUUUUAUUUGAUAGCCCACUACUCGCCACAAGGUUGCGGCAUCCCUACUCACUACGUCUGUGUAAGGAAUACAGCCAAUCUCACUCCUGAUCACAUGCAGAGGCUGACUUUCAAACUUUGCCACCUCUACUGGAACUGGCCAGGAACUAUCCGGGUGCCUGCCCCGUGCAAAUACGCGCAUAAGGUGGCUUUUCAUUCAGGGCACAUUCUCCACCACGAACCAUCAAAUGAGCUGUGCGAGACCCUCUUCUUCCUGUAGCUUCUGCAGUGGGCUGCCUUCAAAGAGAGAGCAGGAACUGAGAAAGAAUUGUCCUGUUCCAGCACUUCCCAGUUUCAGAUCACUCUCCCUCCGCCCCUUCAACUGGAGACUCUGUUUUAUAAUAAUGUUUAUUUGGUCAGUGACCAGAAAAAAGUUUUUAAAAAAUUACAACACCAUAGUAAAAUGGAAAAGGUGAACCAAACACAGAU